CAUAAUUCUCCACUCCAUUCGUUUUCAGUAACGAAUAAGUCCAUACUCAACCUUUGAAAUAAAUAAAAUUGAGCAUGAAAUUCUAUUUAUACACUUAUCUCUGACAUAUUAGAUGGUGAAGAGAGCUAUGAGUAUCUUGAAAUGUCUGGUCUUUGUAAUGUUCCAAUUUAAUUACAUUUUUCAUCUCAGCAUAGCACAACCUGAAUUCGACUUUCAUGUAUGUGCAGAUUCUAAUAUUACUGAGUUUUCCCCAAAUAGUGCAUAUGACACUAACCUAAACACAACCCUCUCCUCUGUUUCACGAAAUAUGGAUAGUUUUGGAUUCUAUAAUACUUCCAUAGCCCUUAACUCUGACACGAUUAGUGUCGUCGCGCAAUGUAGAGGGGAUGUACAAUUACAGGUAUGCCGUGAUUGUAUAAGUAAUGCGACUCGUAAGAUUUUAGAGAUCUGUCCUUACAAGAAAUCGGCAUUUGGUUAUUAUGAAAGUUGUCAGUUACGAUAUUCAAAUGAGUCCAUCAUAGGCACCGUGUCAAUAAACCCGCAAAACAUUGCGUUUAACAGGGCAAAUGCAUCGAAUCCCGAUGAUUUUAUGGAAGAUGUAACAAGCUUGUUAGAAAGUUUACGAAGUGAAGCUUCACGGGGUGGUAAGCGCAAGUAUGCUGCUAAUAGUACUGAGGGUCCCCUUGUUUUUCAGACUAUAUAUGCACUUGUACAGUGCACUGCGGAUUUAUCACCUGCAAGUUGCAUCAAAUGCUUAAGCGCUGGCUAUGGAACUUUAACUAACUAUGAAUAUUAUGGUAAGAUUGGUCUCAGAUUUAGAAUGCCCAGCUGCAAAUUUCAGUAUGAAACUACACCCCAUUUCGACCAGCUACCGCCAUCCUUAUCACCACCCCCACUUCCAUCACCACUGCCACACCCACCAUCAGGAAAGGAUGAUAAAACAACUCAAACCAUCAUCAUUGUCGUUGCGUCAACUGUUACAGUUGCUAUUCUUGUUCUUUGUAUUUCUCUCAUCAUGAUGAGGAGGCGAAGGAGGAAGCUAGUGAAAAAUAUUCAGAGUAUACAUGGGGAUGAUAUUAGCUCUGCAGAAUCCUUUCAAUGUGACUUUUCAACAAUUAGAGAAGUGUUAAAGAAAGACAAAAAAGCAACAGAUAACUUCUCAAGCGAUAAUAAAUUGGGACAGGGCGGAUUUGGUUCUGUGUACAAGGGUAAGCUUCCAAAUAGUCAAGAAGUAGCAGUGAAAAGAUUGUCAGCAGAUUCUGGCCAAGGAUAUCUGGAAUUCAAAAAUGAGGUCAUGUUGGUUGCUAGACUUCAACACAGGAAUUUGGUUAGGUUACUAGGGUUUUGCUUCGAUGGAACAGAGAGACUUCUUAUCUAUGAAUUUGUUCCCAAUGCAAGCCUUGACCACUUUUUAUUUGAUCCAGUUAAACGUACGCAAUUAGAUUGGGAAAGGCGAUCCAAAAUCAUAGGCGGCGUUGCUAAGGGAAUACUUUAUCUACAUGAGGAUUCUAGACUUCGUAUCAUUCAUCGUGAUCUCAAAGCAAGUAAUGUUCUACUAGAUGCAGAAAUGAAUCCUAAAAUUGCAGAUUUUGGCAUGGCAAGGCUAUUUGAAUUAGAUGAAACUCAAGGCAGCACAAACAGAAUUGUUGGGACCUAUGGAUAUAUGGCUCCAGAGUAUGCAAUGCAGGGGAAAAUGUCAGUCAAAUCAGAUGUUUUUAGCUUUGGAGUAUUAGUCCUGGAAAUUUUAGGUGGCCAAAGAAACACUUGUUUCAGAAAUGGAGAAUAUGUGGGAAACCUCCUAAGCUACGCUUGGAGGAAUUGGCGCGAAGGAACAACAUCAAAUUUAGUAGAUCCCAUGUUGAGGGGAAGCUCGGGACUGGUUUCUGACAUAACGAGAUGCAUCCACAUAGCCUUAUUGUGCGUUCAGGAAAAUGUUGCUGAUAGACCAACUAUGGCUGCAGUAGUUCUCAUGCUCAGCAGUCUCUCUCUGGCUCUUUCAGUGCCUUCAAAGCCCGGAUAUUAUAUGCAAAUUGAUGUUAGCCCAAAUAUUUCACCUAUUCAAGGAUACAAAUCAAGAUUAAUAUCAGAAUCUAAUCUACCAGACAAAAGUAAAUCAAUUUGCUUAUCAAAAAAUGAGAUGUCAAUAAGUGAGUUAGAUCCAAGAUGAUAGGAGUUGGACACUUUUUCCCUUUUGUGAAUGUAGUUUAGUAGUAUCUAUUAUAUGUUAUUUCUUCAAACUUUCAUUUGUUUGAGAAUGAUAGAUUAUUUAUGAUUAAGGAUUUAAUUUGGGGAUA